AUGACGCGAUCCAAGGCCACUCUCUCUCCCCGUGAUGCUUUCACAAAGACUAUGCGCGCGAGGGCCCAGUUCGAGUGCACCAACUUCCGAGUGGCCAUGCUCAACGCAACCAAGGCUGAGAAGACCACCACGUCCCGCCGGAACCCCGGUCGCAUGGACGGCAUGACAUGGAACAGCGAUGCUUUCAUCUGUGAGGUUGACGACGGCGAUACGACACCCGAAUUUACUGAGAUUUGGGAGGUGUAUGUGCCGUCCGACUUUGACGACACGCCAUCUCGCAAUGUGCAACCUUUAACAAUUUCUCUUCUGGAUAUCGCGCGGCCCGCCAAGGCCAAGGGCGUGGCCAAGGACUUUGAGGUCGUCCAAGGGGUAAAGCGCGUGAUAGCGCUGGAAGAGUCAGAGAUCGAUCCCACUGAACAGUGGGAGGACGACUGGGAGGAUCUGUAUGACGAUGACGUACAGUUCGCUCUUUUGGCUGCUCAAUACUUGGUACCAUCCCGAUCAACUUCCACCUGUCUUUCAACAUCCACCACUCUAGAGCACCUUGUCGACUGCUUCCAUCCUUUCACAGUUCCGGAAAGAAAAUACCCCGACUACCCAUCCUACGACGCAGCACAGCCAAACGCUACUCAACGACAAGCGUGGUCAGACGUCAUAACAGCAGUCUUAAACGUGGACGGAAACUGCUCUUCAAUCUUUAUACCUCCCUCUAUCAACACAAUAAUAUCCGUCGCGCCAUUCACCGACUCGUCCGGCACCGCUUUUUGCGUACUCUACGAAUCUAGUGUCGAAUCGGGACAUUACGCGAAAGGAUGGGGCCUCUUCGUCGUUCCCGAACUACGUGCGGACGUUUCACGUUCUAUCCAUUUCUCCGCUCCACAUCCAGGAUGGCCCGGUGGAGACGGGGACACCCCACAGCAAGCAGCUUCCUUGUUCAAGGCGACGGGCGCGAAGAGCCUGCUCAUCACUGGGAGGAAGCGGACGGCUUCAAUAUUGCCUUCUGACUGCGUUACUUCUAGUCAAGGUGGUCAGCAUUACUAUAUGACGGAUCCUACUCAUAGCAUCCGCGAACCGUUCUUCGAUGCAAAUUUGGCCAUCAUAGGGUGGCAGAACGAGAAUGGGGGUUGCCCUGCUACGUCGUGUGCUUUCAUUCAAAUGCAUGGGAAAGCGAGAACAACUUGCGCCUCGGAACAAGUGUUCCUAUCCGCUGGUCUGGGACGUGGCAAGGCGUCCGUUGCAUGGUACACCGACGACGUCGAUCGUCCCGUCAAGCGUUUGAAGACACAACUCAUACGAUCCUUUCCUCAUUGGAACAUAUCUCUUCCUUCGGACGACAGUUGCCUCCUUACAGCGACAAAGAAUGUUGUAGGGAGGUACCUCAACAACGUUGACCCUUCACAUGUAUGCGAUCAGGGGGCCACUGCACAAGGCUGA